CAAGGAAGGUGAAGGGAAUCAGACAACCAGGAAGAAGUGGCUCAGUGCUGAAGGAAACUCCACAGACUCAGGAGAUUGUUACCCGGGCACAUUAUGUGCAUAGGACUUCUUGGCAAAGAUGUACGUGGGUUAUCUUUUGGAUAAGGACAACAACAUGUACCCCAAUCCUGUCAGGCACCCUGGCCUUAAUUUGAAUCCUCAGAACUAUGUACCGGCGCCCCCUCAGUAUUCUGAUUUCCCCAGCUAUCAUCAUGUCCCUGGGAUUAACAGUGAUCCACACCAUGGCCAGCCUGGUGGCACCUGGAGCUCUUAUACCCCCAGCAGAGAAGAUUGGCACCCCUAUGGACCGGGACCUGGAGCUUCAUCCGCUAACCCAGCACAGAUCUCUUUCAGUCCCUCUGAUUAUAACCCUGUUCAGCCCCCAGGACCUGGACUUCUGUCUCCUUCUUUAAAUUCCUCUGUUCCCCCUCUGUCCCCCAGCGCACAAAGGCGCAAUCCCUAUGAAUGGAUGAGGCGCACAGGGGUCCCCACCAGCACCAACAGCAAUGGUAAGACAAGAACAAAAGACAAGUAUCGUGUGGUUUAUACAGACCACCAGCGCCUUGAAUUAGAAAAGGAAUUCCAUUACAGCCGCUAUAUAACCAUCCGCAGAAAGGCAGAACUGGCAGCUUCACUGGCGCUAACGGAACGGCAGGUAAAAAUUUGGUUCCAAAAUCGUAGAGCAAAAGAAAGGAAGGUUAACAAGAAAAAAAUGCAGCAGCAAAGUCAACAGGCCUCAACAACCACUCCAACCCCACCAUCAGUGGGUACGACUGCUGGAAUGGGAGGGCUUUGCAGUAGCAGCAGCAGCAACAGCAAUUUGGUAUCUCCAUCCUCAAUGCCUAUCAAGGAAGAAUAUCUUUCGUAAGCUAUCUGCAAUUAGUGAACCAUUCCAAAGGACAUUCUUCCAUACAGUUUUCCCAAGGGAGGACCACCAAAUUCAUUUCCUCGCUACAGGAUCCUGCAAGACCGGACUGGCGAAUUACAAUGCAGGAUCUAGCAGCAGUAAUGGGAUUACAGCUGUAGGCAUAUAUCUGCCAACUGUAUCACUGCAGAACAGCCAGUAUCAUGCCCUCCAUGUACAAAUACAGAAAAACGGCUCUGCGUGUGCUUUAUUGCCAAGAAUUGGACUUUAUGUUAUCGUCAUUAUUGUUACUGUAUAUUUAAACGAAAGUCCUAAUCUAAAAGACGUAUUUUUAUGUGCCACGUAGUGGUAUAUAUUUUUUUCUAUUUGAUAAAACAGGUGUUUUUGUAUAAUUUUCAAGUAGGGCAUCUUCACAAGUGAUAGAGUUUUAUUUCUUGAUCGCAGGGGACAACCUUGUCUAGUAUUAUAUCUCCAAUCAAAGAAUUAUUCCAGAUGAACCAACGCCACUCCCAAAGCUUUGGAAAAACAAGACUGGUUCCUGAAACAAUAUGUAAGAAAUGAAGGAGUGUUAAGAUGUGCUCCAAACUCUUCUGUUGCUUGUACUUGUAUAUAUAAAGUUUAGUUUAUAGUUACUGUUUAUAAAGCGCAUCUAGGCUGAUUCCAAAUGUGCAGUCAUGUUUGGACUGAGAAGGCAAAGGGGGUAAGGUCACUUUCAUAUGAUGAGCAAAGUUGGCGUACAUGUUAUCCUAAUGGAGUCUGGAUCUCUCAGUUUACCCUUCACACAGAGUAACACAUUUCUUACAAGCCAAUCCCCCAAAGCCCAGAGCUGUCACAGGUUUUGAUGGGCCAACACUAGUUUGAAUAUUCAUAAAAAAUACUUUCUCCUUUUUAUUCCUUACAUUUCAAUUCAGUCACACACAAACAAAUAGGGUUGGUCAUUUUUGACCACACUCAAACAUUGGUCUGCCUGAGCUAGUGGUAGGCAACAUUAACCAGCUUGUUAUUGUACAGGUUAAGAAAUGGAUGAUUGCAUUGGUUGGUGUAAGUAGUCAUUAGCCAUUCACUCUGCUUGCAAACCCAGUGAACUCUGUGCUGAACUAAUAGAUCUAUUUCUUUAGUGUCUAGUUUGGCUUUGAAUAUGAGUGGCUAAUGGAAGCAGACCUGAAUUAAGCCCAGCUGUUUUUGCCAUGAGUAGCCACCUUUAGAGCAGGCUCAAAUGUCCUUUGUUUGACCAGAAUUCAUCAAAAUAAAAUAGUAGUGCUGUAUAAACAGUGGUAAAUAGUAUAUGAUGACAUUAUACCUUUAUAUUAUAUUUUAACCAUUAAUUUACCUAUCGGAAUUAUUGAGAGCUAAAUGUAUAUUUAUUUUCCUUGUGCUUUAUUUUGCCAGUCUUCUGUGAAGGUAUUACUGGCUCAAUAAGCAGCCAUUGUCCCUUUAGCAGCCUGGCCACCAGUUCAUUUUCAUUAUCAUGUCCCACAAGCCUUUUAUUGUGUUUGUAGCUAUUUAAGGCAAAAAGAGGCAUGGCCUAGCCAUCCAGGGGGUGAAUCAUGGCAUCACUGGAGCUGUUUAUGGCCAAACUAAGACAUAAAUGGUACUCUUUGGUGCAGGGGAAAUUUUCCUAGCUUUUUGCUAUACUUGAGUAGGUUUGUUCUCCUGCUCUGUGCCAAAAUACAGAAUACUGUACAUUCUGCAUACAGAAUGAAGCAGCCAUACAUAGCAUGAUGGGCCAUCUGUGUGCAGCGGGCAAUGAUGACCUAAUAUACGCUCCCAAUUGGGUCAUGGGUCUGCAUAGAGAUUAUAUCAUUGUUUUAGGAGCCAUAUCGCACAGUAUAUAAAUAUCCUACAGUCUAUGUGUAAAUUACCUGUAUGUAAAUUCUGUACAUGUAUGACUAGCUAAAUAAGUCAACCUUUCAACCUGAAAAGGCAUUAUUAUUAAAAAUGAACCCUCUUAAUAUUUUCCAAAUGUAAAUGUUAAUCAUAGAGAAGAACCAUUUCAAUUUAUUUAACAGAUGGUUUGUGAAUACACAUGACCAUUUAAGACCCAUUAAAUAUCAGUAAUAUGGAACAACCAUAUUCCUAAUAAUAACUCAUAUCCGCUAACUUUAUAAACCAGAAACAGUUUUGUUCAUAUGUUUUAUGGUCUAAAACUUUAAGAGGGUAUUUUUUGGGAGGGGGGGGGGGAUUUACUCUGCAUUAUAAAUGUUAAUUUUUGUGAUUGCUUUUUCUUUGCUACCAUCUGGACCUUUUUAGGUCAGAGAAUAAAUCUAUUUAUUUUUUGGUGUAAA